UGACUGGAGGUGAGGGGAGGUCAGUGUGGUGGCGACGGUGAGGGUGAACGCUCCUAAUAAUGGAGAACAUCAAGGUGGUUGUAAUACUGGGUUCUGUGUUGGUGUUGUGUUGCUGUGAGAGGCUUCCACCACAGCCAGUACCACAGCAUGGAGCUGUGGCGUGUCCACGGGAGUUGGUUUGCGUGCCUCGUGAUGUCUGUCAUGCUGAAGGUUUGAGAGCGUUUGAUCCAUAUACGUGUGGUAGAGAUCGCUACCGAGGCUAUAUCUGUUGUCUACCACGUGAUAUAGAACCUGGUCAGCUACAUGAAGCAAGACGUCGGCCUGGACCACAGUACCUGGAUUUCUAUGAUGAAGAAUAUGGUAGACUUUUUGGCAGUCUAUCAAAACACGCUAAAUUUGUGUUGAAAAAUUAUAGACACAAGGAAGAAUGUGGCGUCAGAAACGAGGCUCCACAAUUAACUCGUAUAUCUUCAGGUUUCAUAAACGAUAAAGUUAUCACUAAUUUUGGAGAAUUUCCGUGGCAUGUUGCAUUGCUGGUGAAAGAAAGACAUUUCAGCACUGGAUCUGAUAAACCACGAGAAAUUUUAAGGUACAUUUGUGGAAGCACUCUAAUUACCCCCGGGAUGUUGGUCACUGCUGCCCACUGUGUCAAAGGUAUAAAAGUACAUAGAUUGAAAGCUCACCUAGGAGACUGGAAUCUUCACAGCUCAGCAGGAGAGCUGUUCCCUGCAGUGGAAAGAUACAUCUCUAGUGUAGUCAUUCACAGUGGAUACAACCCAGCAACAUACGUGAACGACGUGGCUCUUCUACAGCUGGACAGACCCGUCGACACGUACAGAACUCCACACAUCUCUCCCAUCUGUCUACCAGAAGAGGACUACAGAUUUGAGAAUCAUAUGAAAUGUUACAUUGUUGGCUGGGGAGAUGAUGUUUAUCAGCCUAAUUUUGGAAGCAACGUACUGAAAGCUGCUGUAGUGACCUACACUUCAGAUGAGGAAUGCGAGAAACUGCUCUAUAAAUCUCUACAUAAAGUGGAUGAUAAUUAUGCCUUGGACAAACGCACUCAAAAAUGCAUCAUAGGAGGAUACGGACGUGAUGCCUGUGUUGGUGAUGGAGGUGGUGGUGUAGUGUGUCCCCUGGAUAACAAAGCUGGUCCACAAGCUUGUCAUGAACCACACUGUGCUAAUAACCAUUACUUCAUGAGUGGGAUUAUAUCAUUUGGUUCUCCUGUCUGUGGUGAAGGUUCUGUUACUAUUAUCACAGAUAUAAUGCAAUAUAUAAACUGGAUCUAUACCAUUAUCACCCCUGUUGAAGGACUGAGAGGAUAUAAAGGCCGCUCUACAGCUUCAACAAAAGACUCUGAAUUAGUAAAUGCUACGGAUUUCUCUUAAUGUAAAAAAAUAAAAUUGAUUUUUCUA